AUGGGAGCAGAGAUCAAAAUAAAGAUUAAGCAAAGGAGAAGAAUACUGUAUAUGCCUUCAGCUGGGCAUGCAGAGUGCAGGACUGUAAAGAAGGUAAGGUGUGACCCAGACCAAUCUUACAAAAUGCCCAGAGGAGCAGGCCAACCAGAUGGCAUCUUUAGCAGAGGGAAGGGAUAUUCCUAUCUUGAUGUAGAAGAGGCUGUGGGCAUUGGAAUCCUUGUUGUGGUUCUUGCAGUGUUACUGAUCAUUGGCUGCUGGUAUUACUGGAAGCGCAGUGGUUAUAAAAGUCUUUGGAAUAAAAGCUCUGGUGUUAGCACUUUAAGAACCUCUGCAAGUGGACGUGCCCUGCUGGAUUCCAAAGGGCCCUUACAACAGUAUAGCAACUUUAACUCUGUGGUACCUGAUGCUCCACCAGCUUAUGACAAAAUUUCUGCAGAACCCUUGCCACCACCUUAUUCGCCAUGAGGCUGAAUCAGUCAACUAAGGAUACAACCUGAUUCUCUUUAUGAUUCAGCCUAAUUCCAUGUAUGCACCUAAUAUUCUUUAUGGACAAACUGUAAUAAACUACACAUUUGAAUUA